GGGCGGAAGGAGCGAAGCCACGCCGUCUUCGAAGCUGCCGUACUGAACAGGGUCUCCCAAGCUCGGUGGUCAUGGCACUGGGCCGGCAGCUACUGCUCUGCGCAGCGGCCAUUAUUCCAGUUGUACUAUGUGACCAAGCGCGACACUUCCCUCCCAACUGGGAGCAGAACAACAGCUGGGAGCAGAGUAACAACGGCCAGCAGGGCAACAACUGGCAGCAGGGCAACAACUGGCAGCAGGGCAACAACUGGCAGCAGGGCAACAACUGGCAGCAGGGCAACAAUUGGCAGCAGGGCAACAAUUGGCAACAGGGCAGCGGCUGGGAAACAGGCCAGAACGGACAGCAGGGCAGUGGGCAGGGGGAAGGCGUAGUGGAAGAAGGGUCCGGCGGGGGUGACGGCAGCCAGCUGCCCUGCUCUGAGGCCGGGUACUUCCCCUACCCGGGGAACUGCGCCAGGUUCUACCGCUGCGUGGACUGGAUGGGUGACGGCUCCUGGUUCUCGGCGUAUGAGUUCGACUGCCCGGCGGGCACUCUCUUCGAUGACACAUUGGACAUCUGUAACCACCCCGACUGGAUCGAGCCCCCACCCGACUGCCUGGGCGGAGCUGAGGGGGGCGCCGGCGGAUCUGGAGGUUCCGGUGGAUCGGGCGGUUCUGGUGGAUCGAGUGGCUCAAGUGGAUCAGGUGGAUCUGGUGGGUCUGGUGGCUCUACCGGAUCCGCUGGAUCAGGUGGUUCAGGUGGAUCCGGUGGAUCAAGUGGAUCAGGCGGCUCCGGCAGCUCUGGCGGAUCAGGUGGAUCUGGCGGUGCCAGUGGAUCUGGUGGAUCAAGUGGUUCAAGUGGAUCAGGUGGAUCUAGUGGAUCUGGUGGCUCUACCGGAUCUGGUGGAUCAGGUGGUUCAGGUGGAUCCGGUGGAUCAAGUGGAUCAGGCGGCUCCGGCGGCUCUGGCGGAUCAGGUGGAUCUUGGGGUUCCGGUGGAUCUGGUGGAUCAAGUGGCUCAAGUGGAUCAGGUGGAUCUGGUGGGUCUGGUGGCUCUACCGGAUCCGCUGGAUCAGGUGGUUCAGGUGGAUCCGGUGGAUCAAGUGGAUCAGGCGGCUCCGGCGGCUCUGGCGGAUCAGGUGGAUCUUGGGGUUCCGGUGAAUCUGGUGGAUCAAGUGGCUCAAGUGGAUCAGGUGGAUCUAGUGGAUCGGGUGGCUCUGCCGGAUCUGGUGGUUCAGGUGGUUCAGGUGGAUCCGGUGGAUCCGGUGGAUCAAGUGGAUCAGGCGGCUCCAGUGGCUCUGGCGGAUCAGGUGGAUCUUGGGGUUCCGGUGGAUCUGGUGGAUCAAGUGGCUCCGGUGGAUCAGGCGGAUCAAGCGGGUCAGGUGGAUCCGGUGGAUCAGGUGGAUUAGGCGGAUCAAGUGGAUCAGGCGGUUCUGGUGGUUCUGGUGGUUCCGCUGGAUCAAAUGGAUCAGGUGGUCCUGGUGGAUCGGGUGGAUCAAGUGGAGCAGGUGGUUCCAGUGGAUCUAGCGGCUCCGGCGGAUCUGGUAGCUCUGGUGGAUCGAGUGAAUCGGGUGGUGCUGGUGGAUCGAGCGAAUCUGGUGGUUCUCACGAAUCUGGUGGCUCCGGCGAAUCUGGUGGCUCUGGGGGAUCAAGUGGAUCAGGUGGUAUUAGUGGAUCGGGUGGAUCAAAUGAAUCUGGUGGCUCCAGCGCAUCAGGUGGCUCUUGGGAAUCAGGUGUAUCGGGAGGAUCAAGUGGAUCUGGUGGUUCCAGUGGUUCAAGUGGGACUGAAGGAUCAAGCGUUGGUGGCUCGAGUGGGUCGGGAGGUACUGGUGGGUCACAAGGAUCCGGUGGAUCUGGUUCGGAAGGGGGCUCUGGUGGAUCAGGAAGCUCUGGUUCUGAGGGUGCAUCUGGUGGAUCAGGGGGAAGCGGCGCUGAGGGGGGAGCUGGUUCUGGAGGAGGAUCUGAAGGAUCUGGAGGCUCCGGCUCAGGAGGAUCUUGGGGAUCAGGUGGAGCGGGAGGUUCUGGGUCCCAGGGAGGUUCUAGUUCUCAGGGAGGCUCGGGUUCUGAGGGCGGGUCCAGUUCUGAGGGAGGAUCUGGGGGAUCAGGGGGCUCUGGCUCUGAAGGAGGAUCCGGAGGCACUGGUGGGUCAGGGGGCUCUGGUGGAUUAGGAGGCUCUGGCGGAUCAGGAAACAUAGAUUCUAUGGGGGGAUCUGGUGGGUCAGAGGGCUCCGGCUCUGAAGGAGGAUCCGGUGGGUCAGGAAGCUCUGGUUCCCAGGGAGGUGCUGGUGGAUCAGGAGGAUCAGGCUCUGAGGGAGGAUCUGGCGGAUCAGGAAGUUCUGGAUCCCAGGAAGGAUCUGGUGGUUCAUGGGGCUCUGGCGGAUCAGGAGGUUCUAAUGGGUCGGGAGGGUCUGGCGGGACAGGAGGCUCUGGAGGAUCAUGGGGCUCUGGUGGAUCAGGAGGAUCUAGUGGGUCGGAAGGCUCCGGUGGGUCAGGAGGCUCUAGCGGAUCAUGGGGCUCCGGUGGAUCAGGAGGAUCUAGUGGGUCGGGAGGCUCUGGCGGAUCAUGGGGCUCUGGUGGAUCGGGAGGCUCUGGCGGGUCGGAAGUCUCUGGAGGGUCAGGAAGCUCUGGCGGAUCAUGGGGCUCUAGUGGAUCAGGAGGCUCUGGAGGAUCAGAAGGUUCUGGAGAAUCAGGAGGCUCUGGAGGAUCAGGAGGCUCUGGAGGAUCAGGAGGCUCCGGUGGAUCAGGAGGCUCUAGUGGGUCGGGAGGCUCUGGCGGAUCAUGGGGCUCUGGUGGAUCAGGGGGAUCUGAAGGAUCAGGAGGUUCUGGCGGAUCAUGGGGCUCUGGUGGAUCAGAAGGCUCUAGUGGAUCGGGAGGCUCUGGCGGGUCAGGAGGCUCGGGAGGAUCAUGGGGCUCUGGUGGAUCAGGAGGCUCUAGUGGAUCGGGAGGCUCCAGCGGGUCAGGAGGCUCUGGCGGAUCAUGGGGCUCUGGUGGAUCAGGAGGCUCUGGUGGAUCAGAAGGCUCUGGAGGAUCAGGAGGUUCUGGCGGAUCAUGGGGCUCUGGUGGAUCAGGAGGUUCUAGUGGGUCGGGAGGCUCCGGCGGGUCAGGAGGCUCUGGCGGAUCAUGGGGCUCUGGUGGAUCAGGAGGCUCUGGAGGAUCGGGAGGCUCUUCGUCUUCACACACUGAGUUUGGUCUGAUAUGCGGGCGAGAAGGCUAUCUACGGCACCCCAUUUUCUGCAACCAAUUCUACCAGUGCGUGUGGAACGGCAAGUUCUGGACGUUCCUCGUGGCCUCCUGCGCGCCAGGCUUUGUCUACAGCGAGCAGCUGCAGCUGUGCCAGCCGAGAGGCGACGGCGAAACGUGCAGAGACGGCGCGGCCCUGGGAACGCCGCUGGUGCCAUUUAUCGGCGACGGCAGCGGGCUG